CCAACAUAUGACUCGUUUCAUAUAUGCAUGCUAUUAUUUUUUGGUGCUAUAAAUAUGAAACAUAAAUUGCACUAGUGUUGUAUAUUAGAAACAUGGCUCUAAAAGUUGAGACUAUUCUUCUUGUCAUCGUUUUUGGUGCAAUUCUUUUGGGAGGCAAUAUAAAAAUUGUUGAUGGUAAAGUUUGCCAAUUCAUAUGCAAUGGUGCAUACAUGACUUGCCCUUCUUCAGGAGAUGAACACCUCAAUCCAGCAUGCAACUGUUGCUUUGCAUCAACUGGUUGUACAAUUUACAAAGCAGAUGGAACUCCUAUUUGUACUGCUACUUGAAACAUGUAUCUGAUGUGAAUGUCUAUUCACAUACAGAAUCACUCUUUUAAAUUUCAAUAAAUAUGUUGUAAUAUGUGUUACAAAACAAUUAUAUAAUAAUACCUAUAAUCGAGAGAUA